GAAAUGCGGAAGUUAGUCAGAUGACUUCCGGGUAGCCACUUGUUUUUGUACCUCCAGAAGUAGAAAAGUUAUUAGGUUUUUUCCCCCCAAAUAUCUUUAAAAUGACGACAACAACACGUUAUAUGGCCACAAGAGAAGUCGGAGGCCGACGGCAUCGAUUAUGUUUCGAUGGAAAUGUGAAUAAUUACGAGCUGUGGGAAGCGAAGUUUCUGGGGCACUUGCGUCUGCUCGGCCUAAAAGCCACCGUGCUAAGGAAGCCACAAGACGGGAGUGAAGACGACGCCGUGCUAAGGGAGCCACAAGACGGGAUUGAAGACGACGCCAAGAAAAACGAGGACGCCUACGCCGAGUUGACUAACGUUUUAGACCACAGAAGCCUGUCGCUGGUUAUGAGAGAAGCGGCUGACGACGGGAGAAAAGCGUUGCGGAUACUGCGAGAGCAUUAUGUCGGUAAAGGGAACGAGCGGGUGAUUCGCCUCUACAUGAAGCUGACGUCACUACGGAAAGCUGCGAGCGAGAGCGUGAGUGAUUAUCUUCUCCGCGCACAGACUCUAAUUACCGAUUUACACAAUGCCGAGGGGACUUUGAGCGAUGCGCUGUUGAUUUCGGUGAUUCUGAAAGGCUUGCCUGACACGUUCAAGCCGCUUGACCUUUACGUCAGACAAAGUGGCGCGACGAUGACAUUCGGCGAGUUCAAGGUGGCACUGAGGACCUACGACUGUACGGUGGCAAGUGGCGGAGGUAAGCCUGCAUCUCGGAGAGGCCCGGCUGGUCCCCGGAUCCUCCCGUCUCAUGCCGAGGCGAAUCAAACGGUACACGUUAGUGUCUUCAAAAAGAAUAGAAUACCGCAGGUGACACGAUGCACGGUGUGCUGUACCAAACAUCAUUGUCCCAUUUGCCCCACCUCGAUGUACAAGCCUCGGUGUAAGGCAAAACUUUUGCAGCACAUGGAGGUCCAUGUAAAAAACGCCAUCCAACAUGAAGGCAAAAAGGUUCCCGACCCCUGUCCUAUAGGACCACCAUAAAAAGGAAGGACGCAAUGAGGCAUUUGAAGCUCUGUAGGCCACCUCACCGUGAUGCAGAGUUGGAGCCUGAUGCCGACAUGGUCAACACUUCUCAGACUGGUAUGCAAAGGUCUUGAAUCGCUAUUCAUUUCCUGUGGAGCUGUAUUGGUAGGUUAUUCUCUUGUUUCCGCUGACAUGGUUUUUUACCUACCUGGAGUUGUGUACUUGUAUCUUUUUUAUAUCCUCCCAUUCAGGCUGCAGACCCGCCCACCCAACAUAUAGGAAACACAAGUGGGUAAAUUGUGAAUGAAGGCAUGUUCAUGUGAGUCAUUUGAGUAAGGAAUCAGACUUUGCCGUGACGCCCUUUUUUGGCUCUGUGAAAAAAAUGGAACAUGGUUUUUUCCUAACACUUGAAAUCUUGCGUGCAUGUGCGUGCGUGCGUGGUACAACAACGUCUUUUUCCUGGCUGGAUGUGAAAAGUCAAACGUGAUGAAACCCUGAUGUUCUGUGUGCAUUCUGUUUAGUAUAAUGGUUUGUGAUGUCAUAACCGUGGGAAGGAUGAGCUUGGACAGCUGUGUCCAUGCAUGUGAGGGAGACAACUGACAUUUUGACUGUCAAAAAACCCAUCAUCCAUCCAUCCAUCCAUUUCCUACCGCUUGUCCCUUUUGGGGUCGCGAGGGGGGCUGAAGCCUAUCUCAGCUGAAUUCGGCCGGUAAGCGUGGUACACCCUGGACAGGUCGCCACUCCUAGCAGGGUCAACACAGAUAAACAACAUUCUCACUCACAUUCACACACUAGGGACACUUUAGUGUUGCCCGGGUGCAUGUCUUUGGAGGUAAGAGGAAGCCGGAGUACCCGGAGGGAACCCAAGCAGUCACGGGGAGAAAGACCCUGAGCCCGGGAUCGAACCCAGGACCUUCCCUGUGAGGCACAUGCACUGACCCUCCCAAAAAACAAGAAAAAAAACCAAUCAAUUUAAUAAAAUAAAUUGAUUAAAAGUGAUUACUUGUUAUUGUUCUGCUUGCUACAUUCUUGCUGAUGGUUGGUUUGAAUAAAGGGAUUGCUAAUGA